GUUAGCAAGUAGUCGACACUGUCAGUAGGAACUUGAAGUUGAAUGUGUAAGGGUAGCAUUAGCAACCAGAUUUAAUUUGUGAGGACUGUUUUUGUUUUGUAGUAGUGUGGUUUCAAAAUGUCACAAUCUAAUAUUUUGGCUGAAGAGAUUAGGCCGAGGGCAGUGUACAGCAUCGACCAGAUAUUAGGAGUUAGCAGCCAGACGUCUGCAAAAAAUAAUAUAGAUGCUGAUACAUUGAAAGGAGAAUCUGUGAGCGAGGGUGAAAUGAUAGAAGAGUCGCUAGAAGACUCUUCAGAUUCAUCUAGACCAAGAAAAAUAAGAAGAUCUAGAACUACUUUUACCACUUUUCAAUUACAUCAACUGGAGAGAGCUUUCGAGAAGACACAGUAUCCUGAUGUUUUUACGAGAGAAGAAUUAGCUAUGAGGUUGGAUCUUAGUGAAGCCAGAGUCCAGGUCUGGUUUCAAAACAGACGCGCUAAAUGGAGAAAGCGCGAAAAGGCUAUGGGCAGAGAAGCAGUAUCAUUCAUGCAUCCCGGAGACCAACCCGGCCUACCAGAUUUCGCAAUCCACGGUCCAGUUGGCAUGCCCCCAGUUUCUAGCGAACACUUUUGGCCAUCUGUCCCAUUCCCACCAAUUCUUAGCCCAGCGUUAGGUCUCCACUGGCCCCCCAAAACCCAUAUGCCGACAUUUCACGCGUUUCUGUCACAGUACAUGUUGGCAGGAGGGGGAGUACCACCCCUAAACCUAGUAGGAAGUGUACCUAUGCCAGAGGAGCGCUCGAGGAGUUCUAGUCCCGAAAUCCAUAGUCCCUCCCAGUUAUCCCCCAAUGCCUUAGAUGCUCUUAGGGUAAGGACGCAGGAUAUGUCGAUACCUCCCUCAUCGCCACGAAAGGUCCACGCUAGCUCGUAGACAGGAUUAAAUAAUAAGUGUAAAUAUAUUGUAGUUUAGUUUUAAUGUAGGUAGGGGAUUUUUCCCCAAGUUAGAUCAGUAGUAUUUAUUUGACUGAAUUUUUAACAGCUCAUUGAUCAAUAAUAAUUAUUUUGGUAUAUGUAUAUAAAGCACUUAAAUUUUCAAAUACACUAAUCACAAAAAGUAUCGCAUAAUUUUUAAAACUGAAAAAAAAAUUAAAAAUAAUUUUUAAUUUUUAGUAGAAUAUUAUAAAUCUCAUCUAUCGUCUUCUUUAGGUGUCUACAAACCCAUAACAUUUCAAGUUGAAGCGUGUUUUUACCGAAAAAUAAACAGUGUCGGUAAAACAAAAAAUUUAUUUUGGACAUUUGUGUUCGAGAAUUUGAUCUGUG